AUGGCGACGAAAUUGACGUCCGUCCUGAAGCCGCGCAAGAAGGGCAUGUCUCCGCAAAAGAAGAAGAAGAAGAUCAUCCUGUCCGACGCUGAUCAGGCUAUCGGCGCCAGCGAGAAGCGAGUCGCGAGAGCUCUGGUGUACCCCAGCGCGAGCUCAACAGAUGUUGCGGAGGAUGAGGACGAUGUGGAGGAAAUGCUGCGGCAAUUCGAUCUGGACGCCAAGUUUGGCCCCUGUGUGGGGUUGUCGCGGAUAGAACGGUGGGAGAGAGCCCAGCGCCAUGGCCUGUGCCCGCCCCAAAACAUCAGGGAUGUUUUGGAGCGCGUGGGUGGCGAGCCAAACUGUCUCUGGGAAGGCAGGGUUUAG